UAAAAAUAAUCUUUAGAAACUAAAAGGAAAAAAUGCUGCAAUCUUUCGUGUGAAUAUUCCCACGUUUAAUUACUGAUAGUCAUCACUAGUUAAUGGCGAAUUAUCCUAUCCAACUUGACUAUAUUGGAUGACGAUUGGAACAUUGGGUAUUGAUGCUUUUUCUUGAUGCGAUUCAUGAUAACCUUACAUAAAUGUGUGUAUUGUUGAUGACAUUCACAACUCUGUUUUGGCUGGUCAGUCAUAAAUUAACUUCAUCGACAAACAUAUCGUUUCAAGGACAGAGCGUUGAAAAACAAGUUUUGUUUUGUUUUGCUUUGUUUUGCCAUGCUAUUUUGUCUGUUACUAUUCAUAAGUUGGCCAUUUGUUCCCAAAGCACAAUUUCUGUGAUAAUUUAAUUGAUGCCAUUUGGCCAUAAAGACCAGGAUAUUGAUGAAGCAAACAAUGGAUCGUUAUCACGUAACCCUGAUCACGAUAAUCAUCAUUACCAUAAUUAAACAUUCGUCCACAACAAAGUCAAUUGAUUCAGAUUCUUCUUCAGUGUUCAUGAAAUUUGAAUUGUUCCAUUCGAGAGGCAAUUUUACGCCAGUUUUAGUGAAUGAUGAUAAUGGAGAAUACCAUCUUCAACUAUCGUUUCCAUUGUUUUCGAUCGAUUUCGAUUUAAUGCUCAAGUAUAAACAAAUCAACUUUUCUGGUAGGAAUAAUUUCAUGGUUGAUGAAUAUCAUUUGCAAACUACAGAUCAUUUCGAUAUGAACGCAACGAUAAAAGUGAUUAGUGAAAAGAAAAGUUUAAAAACAAACAACGAUAACAAAUGGAAGCAAAUUGAAAUCAACGCACAAUUUGUAUUGCCCGUGGCCAAAGGUUUUCUCCCAAUAACGUUGAUCACCUGGAUUGAGCGUGUAGCGACAUCUGAUGAUGGUCAUAUUGACCAUUAUCAAGCUAAAAUAAAAUGUAAAUUUGGCAGUUUUUUUACAUUGGAUUAUCAACUCAAAAUGGAAAAACAAUCAAAUUUGUUUGUCAAUUUCAAUCGAAAACAAUGUCCAUACAUCCGUUUGAAUCAUACACUUCAAAGUGAUCCACCGGAAUGGCUGUAUUUUCAAUCAUCAAUUGAACAUUCAUGUCCAAAAAUUUCUGAUUUGCGUAUCAUGAUACAAUCGAAAUCUAAACGAUUUCCGCUGGCUAAUCUGGAAUUACUUCAAACAUUUAAUCUAGAUACGAAUGGUAAUGAAAUGAUGCAAAUGAUACAUCCUAUUAUUGAUGCUAUGGUGGCUGGAUUCUGGCAAUCGAUCGGUUCAUAUUCUAUUUAUCAGAAAACAUUGUGGAUGAAAGUGAAACCUUGGUACGAACAUAUUAAACUGGAUUAUAUUCAACAGAUUAAUGAUUGGGAUCGUUUCUAUACGUUGUCAUUGUCUCGUAAGGAUUUUUCUAGAUUUUCACCAAAGACACAAGUAGGAAUCAAUUCUUCAACAAUCGUUAAUCCAUUGACCGAGAUCAUCAAGCAAAUUAUUCUUUACACAUCGGCCAUUUUCAAUUCUACAACCAGUAUUGUAUUAUCGGUUUUAUCAACAAUGGAAUCAGCCAUUCAACAAGCCAUACAAAGUCUUAUGGAUCAUUCAUCAUUCGAAUGGCAAAUUCAUUCAUUCCAUUUGGCCAUAAUUACUUUACAAGUGAUGUUGUUCAUAUUUUAUGUUGGCAUUCAAUUCAUUCGAACGUUACGUAUAUUUUGGCUUCUCACUUUAGCCAUCAAAUGGGUUAUCAUUAUUCUGUUGGCUAUAAUCAUUGUCAUUUCAACCGUUCAGAUUCUAUACUGGAAUAAUUUAGAGAAAAUAUUUUAUUAAA